CAAUCCAUAGAAACGGCCCUUUUAUCUUCCGUACUUGUCUACUUCCCUAGGGUUUUUUCUGCUCACAUAAAACCUACAUUUCUCCAUUUUUCUCUCCCAUCAUCAACAAUGGCUUCCUCAACCUUCGAAGUCGGCUUCGUUCCCUUCAACCCCGACGGUUGGGGACCUCCUGAAGCCACCUCAUCUACCACAACUAACCCGAACCCUUCACUCUCCUCCCCCACCAUCCCCGUCAAUGUCCCCUUCGCCCCUUUCUCACGCUCUGACAAACUCGGCCGUAUCGCUGAUUGGACUCGCAAUCUCAACAACCUUUCAAAUCGCCGCAACAACAUCUCCGAUUCCGUUUUUGAUUUCACCGGAGAUGAUUCAUUCGCUGCAACCCUAGCCGCCGAUGAAGAUUCCUCUUUUCGUCUUGUUGACGGUAAGCCUCCUCCUCGCCCUAAAUUUGGCCCUAAAUGGCGAUUCAAUCACCACCACAACAACCCUUCACGCCACCUUCCUCAGCGUCGUGACGAAGAAGUCGAAGCUCGUAAGCGCGAAGCUGAGAAAGAACGCGCUCGUCGUGAUCGCCUCUAUCACAUGAAUCGUGCUGGUGGUGGGCAACGUCGUGAAGCCGCUGUUUUCAAAUCGUCUGUUGAAAUUCAACCUGAAUGGAACAUGCUUGAACAGAUUCCCUUUUCAACUUUCACCAAGCUUGCAUUUAAUGUUCCUGAACCUGAAGAUCUUCUGUUCUGUGGUGCACUUGAACCCUAUGAUCGAUCUUACGAUCGUCUUACACCUAAGAAUGAGCGAAGACUUGAGAGGUUUAAGAAUCGGAACUUUUUCAAAGUUACUACAACUGAUGAUCCGGUAAUUAGGAGGCUUGCUAAUGAGGAUAAAGCAACGGUUUUUGCUACUGAUGCAAUUUUAUCGACAUUGAUGUGUGCAUCGAGGAGUGUUUACAGUUGGGAUAUUGUGAUUCAAAGGGUUGGAAACAAGCUGUUUUUUGAUAAAAGAGACGGGUCUCAAUUGGAUUUGUUGUCUGUUAAUGAAACUUCUCAAGAGCCUCUUCCGGAAUUGAAGGAAGAUAUCAAUUCAGCUUAUUCUUUGAGUGUUGAAGCUGCUUAUAUCAACCAGAAUUUCUCUCAACAAGUUUUGGUUAGAGAUGGGAGGAAGGUUACUUUUGAUGAGCCUAAUCCUUUUGCCAAUGAAGGUGAAGAGGUUGCUUCUGCUGGGUAUAGGUACAGAAGAUGGAAGCUUGAUAAUGAAAUGUAUUUGGUUGCUAGAUGUGAGUUACAGAGUGUGUUAGAGGUUAAUAAUCAGAAACAGUUUUUGACAUUGAAUGCUUUGAAUGAAUUUGAUUCUAAGUAUACCGGUGUCGAUUGGAGGCAGAAGCUGGAGACUCAAAGAGGAGCUGUUUUGGCUACUGAGUUGAAGAAUAACGCUAAUAAGAUGGCUAAGUGGACUGCUCAGGCUCUUUUGGCUGGUGCUGAUACAAUGAAAUUGGGGUAUGUUUCUAGGGUUCAUCCUAGGGAUCAUUUUAAUCAUGUGAUUUUGGGUGUUGUUGGGCACAAGCCCAGGGAUUUCGCCUCUCAGAUUAAUCUGAAUAUGUCGAAUAUGUGGGGCAUUGUUAAGACUAUUGUUGAUUUUUGUAUGAAGUUGGAUGAGGGUAAAUAUGUGUUGGUCAAAGACCCUGCAAAACCACAAGUUAGGAUUUAUGAGGUGCCUGCUGAUGCUUUUGAGAAUGAUUAUGUUGAGGAGCCUUUGCCGGAAGAUGAGCAAGCGCAACCUCCGACUGAAGAUGCUGCCACUGCUAUCUCUUCUGAGAUUAGUGUAGCUGCUACUGAUGUUGAGGAUAAAGAGAUUACUGCUGUGCCUUAGAAAGGGUUAGUGCUGCAGUGAUGAAGUGUAAGUUUCCUGUGGACAUGGCAUUGUUGAUUAAUCAAGAGUUACAAUUAAUCAAGAGCCACUGGAAUUCUGCUGCGGAUUUUCUUACAAGACUCAGUCGUUUAUCUUGCAUUGUAGUAGAGAUUGUAGUCAUUACUUAUAGAGCUAAGUUGAAGUCGAAGGAAUUUCCAAUGAACUUUAAAUUUUGGUCUGUUACAAAUAAUAGUUGUGUGUUACCGAAUGUUCUUAAAUGGUACCUAGUCUUCUUUAUGUGGAUAGUUUUUAUUCCAUGAAUUGCUUGAUCCAUCUUGAUUGGCUGCA